UAUAGCGUUUCUUAGUGGGACAACUUACUUUAUCAUCGGUGGUCAGGCAACGCAGAUAUCGAACCACGUGCACAAAACUAUUGCAGCUUUGAAAUCGAUAAACACCAAAAAAUGUGCAGAUUAUUGAUAGCGGGUGCAUUUGAAGACGUGUGAUAAGACAAGGAAAUGGCGCGCUUUGGCCUUCCUUAUUCUGAUCUGAACCCCUCUAGAAGAUUUUUUAACCCUGGAGGUCUUACUCUCCCAGACGAAGAAGACGACGGCGUCCAAAUCCCUAUGAAUACAAUGCAGAACGGUGAUGGAGGACUGACAAACCUUGCCUACACGGAGGACGAGGAAUCCACCGCGUCAUCAAGCCACGAACAUUCUAACGAGGAUGACGAAGUUUUUGACGAUGAUCCACCGAGUUACAAAUCCAGGGAUCCAAACGAUGACGUCGACGUUGACAGAGAAAUUAAAGAUACAGGACCUAAACAUUAUAAAUGGGAUGUGUUCCGUUUGGCAUCGGACGACAAUAUAUCUGGAUCUGAGUUAGCCUGUUGGAACGCUUGUUUCGUCAUUAACAGAGUGGUGCUUUGUGCAUUAAUUUUCUUUUUUGUUUGUGUGACGUCGGUGAUUUCAAAAUUCACUUUUAUUUUGAUGACAACAAACAUCAUUCCACCCAAUGGAGAACUUAAAAAUCCAGAGCAAACUCUUAAAUAUUUGAGGGACAGACCGCUAUCAAGCGUGGAAAUCACGUGGAUUUGGAGUCUUCUCAUUGCCAUCAUAGCGCCGUAUGUGUUUAUAGUCUUCAAAUACAUCAUGAUUCUUCUUUUCAAGAAAACACGGAAACUGAAUUGCAAAGUUUUGUUGGCAGCGUUGUGUAUUGAGACACUGCACUCCAUGGGACUCUGCACAUUUGUUCUGGUGGUUCUACCAAACUUUGAGCCAAUAUCUGCAACUCUUCUCUGUUCAAGCGUGUGCUUGGUACCUGCUCUACUAAAAACAAUUUAUCCGGAAAGAACUUUGAAGAAAAUAGAAGAAAAAGACGCAGGUCGACUUCGAAUUGCUCGUGCUAUUAACUCUCUAGCUUUUGUAUUUCAGUUGGCUAGUAUCGGCCUUUGGACUUAUUAUGUGUACCAUUCAUAUAAGACAACAGACUCUCAUACAAUUACUAUGAUGGUCCUUGUAGCCUUGUCUCCGAUACUGGUAUCAGUAACGUGGUGGGAAAAUUAUGUCAAACAAGCCAAAUCCAAGAGCAAAAAUUCCAGUGAUCCCGAUGAGAACUCCUCAGGUCUGAUGCGAUUGAAGUUAAACAUGAGACGCCACAGAGUCAAAGUUGGUUUCCUUGUCAACUUGUGGAAAAUAAUAAUGACAUUAAUUGUAAUGCCUAGCUUACUGUAUGGAGUAUUUUGUGAAGAUGGUCAGACAUGCAUCGAUGCCUUCUUUCUUAAGGCUGAAGAAGAAGCUAGACUCAAAAUAAUCGUCAAUGCAACAAUAACAGAUACAAGGUCAUUUGGACAAGACUGUAUCUCUUAUUUUCCUUUCAUGAUAUCGAUGGCGAACGUAUUGUCCAAUAUUAUAUGCUUUAAAGUAGCUAAAGCCGCAAGUAAGAUUGUGGCACAGAAAUUGUGUUUUGCCCUGCCCGUUGUUUUAUCAACCCCUAUUGUUAUAGGGAUUAUACUUGGUUUCUACUCGGAAACAGCAUCAAUAACAAUUGGAAAUUGCCCAUUACCUAUGCCAGUUUGGGCGGACAAGAACCAAGAUCCCACAAUUCUCUUUGACAUCAUAGGAAAGUAUUGGGUGGUUAUUGCCGCGGGAGCUCUUGGAUAUCUGUCCUUUCUUCUCGUUACAAAUCACAUGUGGUCACCAAGCAAAGAAAGACUCAUCGCCACGGACAGGUUAUUUGUACAACCAUUAUUCAAUGGAGUCUUGUUAGACCAGUCCUUAUUACUUAACAGAAGACGAACAGACGACGAGUUUAAAAGAGCAGAAGAACAUAAUGAAUCAGAGAAGAAGGUUCCUAUCCCAGAAAAUGACGAUAUAGACGAGAAACAAGAGAUCGAUUGGUCAAUUCUGAGAAAAGACGAUACACCGAUGAUAUACUUUUGUGCGACAAUGUGGCAUGAGUCAGAAACUGAGAUGAUUCAAAUUUUGAAAUCGAUAUUCAGACAAGACGAGGACCAAUGUGCCAGGCGUCAUUUACAGAUGUUUCUUGGAAUCAAAGACCCGGAUUAUUACGAAUUUGAAGCUCAUGUGUUCUUUGACGAUGCCUUCCAAGCACAUACUGACGAAGACUUUAUCUACCAAGUCAAUGAUUUCGUCCAUCUUCUCGUCAAUUGCAUCGACAUAGCCGCCAGUGCUGUUCACAAGACAGUCAUGAUAAUUCCCCCACCAGUAAAAUACCCUACCCCAUAUGGCGGACGCUUAGAGUGGCAGCUUCCUGGAGGGAACAAACUCAUUGCACACCUUAAGGACAAAGCAAAAAUACGUCACAGAAAGCGAUGGAGCCAGGUCAUGUAUAUGUACUACUUCCUUGCUCACAAGCUAAUGAAUAUCCCAAAGAAAUCAAAGGCCCAGCGUAGAAUAAUUGCAGAAAACACAUUUUUGUUGGCAUUGGAUGGGGAUGUAGAUUUCCAGCCUAAAGCAGUUCAGUUACUAGUCGAUCGAAUGAAGAAGAAUCCAAAAGUCGGAGCAGCAUGUGGUAGAAUACACCCCAUCGGCUCAGGACCAAUGGUAUGGUAUCAACAGUUUGAAUAUGCCAUCAGUCACUGGCUGCAGAAGGCAGCAGAGAAUAUAAUGGGUUGUGUGCUCUGCAGUCCCGGGUGUUUCAGUCUGUUUAGGGGUUCCUCUGUGAUGGAUGAUAACGUCAUGAGAAGAUACACCACCCCGCCAACUGAACCCCAGCAUUAUGUGCAGUAUGACCAAGGUGAGGACCGUUGGCUGUGUACACUUCUUUUACAGCAAGGAUACAAAGUGGAGUAUGUAGCCGCCAGCGAUGCUCUGACGUAUGCACCAGAGGGUUUCAACGAAUUUUACAAUCAACGAAGAAGAUGGUCGCCAUCAACCAUGGCAAAUAUUAUGGAUCUUUUGAUGGACUGGAAGAACGUUACGAGGAAGAAUGAGGAUAUCUCAAAGCUUUACAUUUUGUAUCAGACCUUUCUGAUGGUUUGUUCUAUUUUGACACCGGGAACUAUCUUUCUGAUGAUACUUGGAGCGAUCACCAUGGCCUUUCCAUCCAUUCCACCUUUCGCUGCUAUGACAGUCAAUAUUAUCCCAGUUAUUGGAAUGGUUAUCCUUUGCUUUGUUGCGAAAUCAAACGUUCAGCUGACAUACGCCGCCAUUGUGUCCACUAUUUACUCGCUGUUGAUGAUGGUUGUCUUGGUGGGAUUGCUGGUAGAGGCGGCAGGUGCGGGACUUUGUUCUGUGACGACACUGUUUCUUCUGUUUGUUGCUGGCGUGUUUGUAGUCUCUGCUCUCCUUCAUCCACAGGAAUUUUUCUGUGUGUUACAUGGAUUCCUUUAUUUUCUCUCCAUUCCAUCAAUGUCGAUGCUUUUGAUGAUUUAUUCUCUCGGAAAUUUACACGUUGUAUCCUGGGGAACAAGAGAAACAAAAGUAGCCGCUCCUCCGCCCCAGCAGGGGAACCAACCGACACAGCAAAAUAAAGUACAAUCCUGGCUGAACAAGCUCGGAGUCGGAGACAAUGCUGGAACAUCAGAUUACACGUUUUCUUGUGGGAAUCUUCUACGGUGUGUUUGUUGUCCUCAUGCGUCGGCCUCCCAUACAGAAGACAUGAGGUUCAGGGCUAUCUUGGAGAGGUUAGAUGAUAUUGAAUCGCGCAUGACGGAAGUAACACACAGCCGUAUUGAUUCUGGUUCAGCUAUUAAUGUGAAGCUGGAAGAAGAAAGUCUUCCAUUUUCAAAACAAAAUGGAAUAUUUGAAGGAGCAGUAGAAAGAACAAACCCAGCAUUCGUGGAAGAAAAGGACAAAAGACGUGAUGAAUUGAAAGAUCCUUACUGGAUACAUGACGCAUCCUUGAAAGAGGGAGCCAAGUGCAUCUUAUCUCAUGACGAGAUUCAGUUCUGGAAGGAAUUUAUUCCACAGUACCUCAAACCCUUAGAAGGAAACAAAGAACAUGAAAAACAAGUACAAAGGGAUCUAAUUGAGCUGAGAAAUAAAGUAUGUCUUGCCUUCCUCUUGAUGAACGCCUUGUUUGUGACUAUAGUUUACGUACUAACGGAGGUCAAUGCCAGCACCAGCCAGAGCCUGUCUAUUAAACUACCCUGUACAGUGAGUAACGGACGCCAAGGACAGGGUUAUAUUGAACCGAUAUCUUUUGCCUUCACUGCUAUAUUUGGAAUAAUGCUUUUGCUUCAGUUUGUUUGCAUGCUUUUCCAUCGGUUUUCUACGUUCAUACACAUAGCUGCUUCCACGGAGAUCCGCUUAAAAAGAAAAUUAAUUGAUACCAUGCGAAGAAGUGACAAGGGGCCUAAAGAAAUUGGAGUAGAAGAAGGUCUCCAGCUUGUUAAAGAAAUGCAGGCCCAGGACAAUUCUGAUACAAUGUCUGUCAUGUCUCAAGAAACUACAAUAAGUGAUGAUAUAGAAACUACCGGCCCUUCAAAGGGCAAAGAACUCUGGAAAAAAAUCGGUCAACGACAAAGAAAAGCAGCCAAUGGGAAAACAUUAUCUCGUAAUUUUGCAAAGAACUUUGCAAAGCUAAAUAAAGCAAUGCAAGAACAAGAUAGAUCUAGUACUAGAGGAAUAUCAGAACAAGACGAUUUAACAGAAGACAAAGUGGCUGCUGUGCAGAAAGUCUUUAAAAACCGAUUCCAGAGGAAAUCUUUGCUUACAAUUGUUACACUUGCACAAAGUAAGCAGAAGCAAGAAAUCCAAAAAAGAGCGUCAUUACUUAAGAAAAAGAAAGUACAGUCAGCAUGGGUCGCUGCAGCAAAUAGAGUUAGACUUGAGGAACGCAUGAAAGCACGAAAUGAAGGAACAGGUGAUAGCAGUAAAGUGGGAUUUGCAGAAGUUUUAAAAACUGCCGCUGCUUUAGAGAGAAAGAAGAAACUUUCUAUGCAACAAAGAAAAGAAGAGAAGCACAUGGCUGAAAUAGAUGAAGAAGAAGAAGAACCAAAGACAAAGAAACAUGUAGAUGAGAGAAAAGCCCGGAUAUCAGUAGGUAAUGCGUCGGAUUGGCCUGCGGAGCAUGCGUAUGCAGCUCAACCAUCCGGGGACGCAGAGGAUAGAGAAUCAGAAGGAGACUACGCUAACGCUGAUGUAUUGUUUUAAUCAGCAUAAUUCAAUAUGAUACAAUCUGUGAUACUGACUUUUGUUGUAGAUAAAGUAUUUUGAUGUUUACUUUUCACUGUUAUAUAUAUUUUUCAUCUGUUUAUGUAUUUUAAAGCAUUUCGUGUGUAAAUUGUUAGUACCAUUAGAACUUUAUGCCAGAUUAUUGCCUUGUCCAUCUUUUGAAAUUAUAUAGCUCUUUACCCUUCAGAGUCCAAAAUCUGCGAAACCUACGCUAAAAAAUGUUUAUGUACCAAGUGGACUAACAAAGUAUGGUUUAAAAACAACAUUAGUUUAAAACAAGGAUAUGAGAUUUAUAUAACUAAUUUAUUAUCAAGACCUGAGAGAACGAAGGUUUCAAAUUAAUUCUAUUGUUAAUCAAAGUCAUUUUUUCAUGAAUAUUGUUCAUUUAUUCAUGAACAUUGUACAUUAUUUACCAAGAAUUUUUUUUCUUGGAUGUCAAAGGCCAAUUGGCCUUUGGAUAUUUUUUAUGUUCAUUUAAUUGUCACUGAAAAAAAUGUAUUGCAUUUAUGAUACUUUACAAAUAUAGUAUAACUUGAAUAAAUGUCACAAUAUUAUUCUAGAAGAAAUUAAAUGGGAAGGAUUUGUCCAACUAUAAAAUACUAAGUAUAUGGAAUUUGAGAGUCAAUUUCGACUUUGCUGAUAUGGUUCCCAUUUCUCGUAGACACUGGAAUACAGUUUUUAUAAUUAGCAGAGAUUAGUUUGUUUGAAAGGAUAACAUAUAAACAAUAAAAUUUAUUA